AUAUCUGCCGGCCGCGGCUUAGGCGGCGCUCGCACUUCGGCCCGCCGCCCGUCCCAGCGCAGACCCGCCUCCUGCAGGGGGAAAGACUCGCCCCGGCCCAGCCGCCUCCCGUGCCUCUCGCUCGGUCCCUGCGCGCGGAGCAGCCGCCCUCGACGCCGCCGCCGCCAUGGAUGCCAUCAAGAAGAAGAUGCAGAUGCUCAAGCUGGACAAGGAGAACGCCCUCGACCGCGCCGAGCAAGCCGAGGCCGACAAGAAGGCGGCCGAGGACCGGAGCAAGCAGCUGGAGGAUGAGCUGGUGUCUCUGCAGAAGAAGCUGAAGGGCACGGAAGAUGAACUGGAUAAAUACUCGGAAUCCCUGAAAGAUGCCCAGGAAAAGCUGGAGGUGGCGGAGAAAAAGGCCACGGAUGCGGAGGCGGACGUGGCUUCUCUGAACAGGCGUAUCCAGCUGGUAGAGGAAGAGCUGGACCGGGCCCAGGAGCGCUUGGCCACUGCCCUACAGAAGCUGGAGGAGGCUGAGAAGGCGGCUGACGAGAGCGAAAGAGGUAUGAAGGUCAUUGAGAGCAGGGCCUUGAAGGAUGAGGAGAAGAUGGAAAUCCAGGAGAUCCAGCUUAAGGAGGCCAAGCACAUUGCUGAGGAUGCAGACCGCAAGUACGAGGAGGUGGCUCGUAAACUGGUGAUCAUUGAGAGUGACCUGGAGCGGGCAGAAGAGCGGGCUGAGCUCUCGGAAAGCCAAGUUCGACAGCUGGAGGAACAGUUAAGAAUAAUGGAUCAAACGUUGAAAGCGUUAAUGGCUGCAGAGGAGAAGUAUUCGCAAAAGGAAGACAAGUAUGAAGAGGAGAUCAAGGUCCUUACUGACAAACUGAAGGAGGCUGAGACCCGGGCUGAAUUUGCUGAGAGGUCAGUAACCAAGCUGGAAAAGAGCAUCGAUGACUUAGAAGAGAAAGUGGCACAUGCCAAAGAAGAGAACCUCAAUAUGCAUCAGAUGUUGGAUCAAACUUUACUGGAGCUAAACAACAUGUGAACUCCCUCUUAGCUGCGACCACAACACUUUCGGUUUUGUUUUUUUUUAAACACCUGCUUUGCCAUGAAACCCCCUUCAAUGUGUCUUCUAUUGUGUUUUCCAAGUUGCCACGUUCAAAACAUCAUCCGCUAUCAACCCCAGACAUGAUCCUGGGGAGGAAACGUUGAGACAGGAGAGCGGCACGUUAGGUGAACAACGGCCUCUCUCUCUCUGUCUCUGGUCCAGAUGUGCCAUAACCCUGAUCCGUUUUUGUAUAGAAUCCAGCAGCACAGCAGGAGAGAAGUCCGGGACAGGGGCAGAGAGAUGCCCACUGCUGCUGCCAGUUAGAUAUUAAACAAAGAUGAAUGCCUGAAACCCAAGAGAGGGAGGAAGGGGGAUGGGCAGACGGUAAAACAAAAGGUAUUUGUGUGGUCCUGUGACUGGUACUGGCCUUGGUAUCACUCGGUGGCUUGUCCAUCUCAGCAAAUUGAUUUUCUUGGAGCAGCACUGGGAUGUGAGAGUCUGGCAUUCCCGUGCCUCUUCUGAUUCAAGAAGGAAAUGGACCCGCAAGCCACGUUUCACACGAUUUAACACCUGAGGUCAGGAACGUGUGCAGUCCAUUGCGGCGUUUUUAAAACACGCUACAAAUGGGAGAAAAAAACCCUAAAAUUUCUGGUUGCAGUCUGUUUCUUGUCUCAAAUGAAAGGGAAUCGGUUAAAUUUGGUGUUUGCCACGUUUGUUUCACACACUUUUUUUUUGUUUUGAGCAGUUUUUAAAAAUCAUCUUGUAUGUAAACAUUGUAUAAUUGAUAAUGGAAUAAAACGCACUCUCUACGACAUUUUUUAAAAA